AAUUAGGGUAAGGUUGGAGCUUUCAGCGCUUGCAUGCCAACUUAAUGUGCUUUCAGUAAUUCAAACAUUUCAAUCAUUAUCUUUGAGGAUCUUUUAUCAAACCAUGUGAUUGAAUUUCAACUUUUUCGAUCUCGUUCUCGUUUCCUUUUCCUGAUGAAGUUUUCUUUGUGAUCGUGUAGUGAGCGUUAUCACUGUGUGACAUAUCGUAGUUUGGCUUAUAAAAAGAACAAUACACUUUCCUUGGAAAUGCCGAAUAACGUUUCCAAAAGAAAUUCACGGUCUGGCAAAUCGAAAACGGGGCAGUAUUCCUAUUCUCAAUCCACUUUACCAGUCCCUGGAUCCGUCAAAAAUUUUUUUGAAGUUAGUGGUCAUGCUUUCAUCGAGUUAUCAACAAAUCAGAGACUCAGUAAAAUCAAUAAAUCACUGAAGCUACCAGUCUUAAACGCUGCCAGUAUUUCAAGAACGCAGACAUUUCUUGGAGCUGCUACCAUCAAGUCAUCUGUCUCAACUUGUCAAACCGAACGAAGAGAAUUAGUCGACAAUAACAGCGUUAAAUCAGAGACCAACUCUCAACCAUCUUUUAUUCGUAGUUUGUCAGCAUCUGAGUCGGAAUCCUGGUCUGAUGACUUAGAAAAUGAAGCGACUGCUCACUUACUUGCCAAUUUGACACAUAUAGACGAUAUGUUGUAUUGCACUUCACCAGUUACGAGUAACCAAGAAUUAUUUCACGAGAUCAAGCUAUGGCAAAGCCGUUUUCCUUUUUUAAGGGUGGUUGGCAAAAAAGUGAAGAUACUGGAUAACAGUACCAAUAUCAACCAAGAAACCAGUAGAGAGAAAGAAGAAGUCAUUUUCAAUGACACUAAUCUCACCAGUACUGACCUUGAACCAGUAACAUCCAACUCAGGGAAUAUUGUACACCUGAAAAAGCAACUCAGAAGGUCCGUAAUCGACCAUCUGACAACUCACUUCAUUUAUGCCAUGAAAGAUGAAAUUAUUCAGUGUUCGAAACAUAAAAUUUGUAAACCAGCAUCAAAAGUAAAUAAAGCUCCAACCUGCCGUGUUGAUAAAAUUUCUGACAUUAAUGACAAUAAUCUGCGAGUACAUGAUUUGGAUAAUAUUUUGAAUAUUUCACCAAUAUCACUCAAGGCAACAGGGCCAAAAUCAAAUUACUUGUCAUCGUUUUCAACCAAUAGAGUGAGAAAUAUACAGGCAAAAUCCUCUGUUAGUCAACCAAUCCAUCUUCGCAUUGAGCAGAGAACAUCGACCAAAAUCACUCAACAACCUUUCAGAAAUGCAACCGAUAAUGUGAAAAUCAGUAUUGUAGCAAAUUUAAGCAAAACUUCCAAGCCUGCCAAAAAAUCUUCCGAACUGAAAUUGAGGAAGGACAACCUGAAGACCUCCAAAAAUAUCGAAUCAUCAACUUCAAAUCGAUCUCGUUUUUGUACCCUGCCACCGUUGAAAACUCCUGGACUACGCCCUACCUCAGCAAUAUACAGUAGCUUCAAAAAGCUUCCCAGCGAUUCUAGACUAACGUCAUCUUUCAUCCUUGCUCCUUCAUCACUAAUGAAUGAAUCUUCGGAAAACGAUUUAUCUUUAUGAACUGAAGAGUGUUGGAAUUGCAAACACUUUUGAGGUGUCAAUUUCAUUCAAUCAAGUCAAUUGCGUUUCAAAACGUAGUUCAAUGACAUGAACAGUUUAGAAGAUACUCACGAGAUGAAUGAAUUUACUGACAGAGGAUCAGUCCUGUCUUUAGCAAACAAUGUACUCAUUUUUGAUGAUGGUUCUCAUCGUGGAAAUGUAUCCACUCAGGAGUCAUAAUCUGCUAAAGUUGUGGUAAGAAGUUCAAUUGAAAGUUUCAUUGCCGAGUAAUGCUCUCCUCACUGAUACCAUGCUGAAACUUGAUCAGAAGUGCAGACUCGGUUCCUUCUUGUGUUUUGGAGUGGCAUGGAUUGGAAGGUUGAACGGUUAUCUAGAAGGCAAAGAAUACUGUAAGAGCUCAGGUCCACUCUUGAUUUAAGAUUUGCUUACAGGUCAAUUAGAGUAAGUCAGUAUCCUUGCCUCUGGUUUUAUGACAAUAAAUUUUAUUUGAUUCAAAUAAAAUUUCAUCCUCAGUUUA